AUGGCUGAGAAAAUCGACAUCACCCCUAAACAAGACGGCGGAGUGCUGAAACUCGUCAAGAAGGAGGGACAAGGAAUCGUCAAGCCGACGACCGGAACCACCGUCAAAGUGCAUUACGUUGGAACCCUUGAGAACGGAACGAAGUUCGACUCAUCCCGCGAUAGAGGAGAUCAGUUCACUUUCAACCUCGGUCGUGGAAAUGUCAUCAAGGGAUGGGAUCUCGGAGUGGCCACUAUGACCAAGGGAGAGGUCGCCGAGUUCACGAUUCGAUCGGAUUACGGUUACGGAGACGCUGGAUCACCACCGAAGAUUCCAGGCGGUGCCACUUUGGUUUUCGAGGUGGAGUUGUUCGAGUGGAGUGCUGAGGACAUCUCGCCGGAUCGAGAUGGAACUAUUCAGAGGACUGUUAUUGUUGAGGGAUCCAAGAACUCGUAUCCGAAUGAUACCAGCAGAGUUGUAGCUCACUGCGUCGGAACCUAUCAAGGCACCGAAUUCUACAACCGCGAGGUCACCUUCCACAUUGGCGAGGGAUCCGAAGAGGGACUUCCAGAAGGUGUCGAGCGGGCUCUCCGUCGUUUCCAACUCGGCGAGAAGUCGAAAAUCGAGAUUCGCGGACACAAGUACACUUACGGAAACAAUCCGCCAGCCGGAUCGAAUAUCCCAGUCAAUGCGCCACUCGAGUUCACCAUUUUCCUUAAAGAAUUCGAAAAGGUGCCGGCCACAUGGGAGAUGAGUGCCGAGGAGAAGUUGGAGGCCGCCAAGAAUGCCAAGGACCGUGGUACGAUGUACUUGCAGAAGGGAAAUCUUAAACUGGCCUACAACAAGUACAAGCGUGCCGAGGAGGUGUUGGAAUACGAGAAAUCGACGGAUCCGGAGAAGAUGGCCGAGCGCGAGACGAUUCUCAAUGGAGCGUAUCUCAACUUGAGUUUGGUGUGCUCGAAACAAAAUGAGAAUCUGGAAUGCAUCAAGUGGUGUGAUAAGGUGUUGGAGACUAAGCCUGACAACGUGAAGGCGUUGUACCGAAAGGCUACCGCUCUUUUGACGAUGAGCGAGGUCCGUGAUGCGAUGAAGUUGUUCGAGAAGAUUGUUCAAGUCGAGCCGGAUAAUAAGGCGGCCGCUCAACAAAUCCUCGUGUGCAAGACGACAAUUCGUGAUCAGAAUGCGAAGGAUAAGAAGCGUUUCAAGAAUCUCUUCGCGAAAAUCUCGGACGAUAGGGACGAUGUGGAGGAUAAGCCGACGAACACGGUGGAGGAUGGCGAUGAGAUUGUUGCGUCGACUUCUGGAAGCUCCAACUCAAUGGCUUAA